AUGGCAUUACGACAAGAGGCAAUGCGGAGAAAGGGGGCCAGGCAGCGGCUGCAGCAGCUUUUCAAGGGCGGCCAAUUCGCCAUCCGCUGGGGCUUUAUCCCCGUCGUGCUCUACCUAGGUUUCAAGAGAGGUGCAGAUCCUGGAAUGCCUGAACCAACUAUUUUGAGUCUUCUUUGGGGAUGAAAGAUUUGGCUCUACAGUACUGUAAUCAUUUGAUGGGCAGAAAAAAUGGUUGAAGACGUGACCAUUCCACAGGAUAAGGAGAACAUUUGCCAAUUGCACCAACUAGCUUGUACAGCAUCCUGAGGACAUAGAUGUACAUAAAACAAAAUGUAUUUCUACUGAUGUAAUUUAUUUGCUUUGCACUGUAGUUAAAUAAAUACACUUUGAUUCAGUGUG